UUUUAUUAAUUGUAUACUUGCAUUCAAGUGAUAUGCUCAAAUUGCUUUAUUCAAAGUCGUAAUUUAUUAAUUAAAAUUUCAGAAGAUAUGGAGCUAGAUUGGCAGAAUGGCUUUCAACAAAUUAAGGAGCGCGGACUGUAUUUGCUCCAGUCUGAAAAGUGGUCCGAUUGUAGAUUUCUGGUGGGAACCUCUCCUAAUCAGCGUAUUUUGGCUGGGCACAAAUUGAUUUUGGCAAUGUCCUCGCCUGUUUUUGAACGAAUGUUUUAUGGUAACCUCCCAGACGAGAGUGAUCCUAUUUUAAUACCCGACGUGCAACCUGAUGCCUUUCAAGCAAUGAUGGAGUACAUUUACUCGGACCGCAUUAGUAUUAGCUCUUUCGACAAAGCGUGUGAAUUGUGUUAUGUGGCAAAGAAGUAUAUGCUGCCUUACGUAGUGGAGCAAUGCACUCAUUUUCUAUGGGCAGAUUUGAGCCCUAAAAAUGCCUGCCGCGCUUAUGAGUUUGCUAAGCUAUUUGAUGAGCCUCGAUUAAUGCAAAGCAGCAUGAGUAUCAUAGCAGCUAACACACGUGAUGUGUUAGAAGAUCCUAGUUUUGUAGAUAUAGAAAUGUCAACUUUAAUGGCUAUUCUUGAUCAAGACCGUUUAAAUAUUACGUCAGAGUUGGAGCUGUUUAAUGCAUUAGUAAAGUAUGCUUCUGAACGUGGACUAUUUAUAGGAAAUGAAAGCUUGCACUUACAACAGCCAAACUCUUAUCAAAAGGGCCCGAGACAACCUUUGCCAGCCCUAGAUAAUGACGACUCUGAGGAUGUGGAAAUCAAAAUGGAGCCGGACAUCUCAAACACUUUGCACAGUCGAGAGGACGAUGACUUUACUGGUAAUGUAGUAGAAGACGUGGUUGUUGUGGACAGUGACACUUCUGGUCCAUAUGAUGAAAAAGAUUGUGCACAUAAAAUGACACCACCUUCCGAGUCUAAUAUGGUUACUUCGCUAUCGUGCUCCAAUAAUGAAAUUGACGAGGUUCUUAUACGUAAAGCUAUUCAGAAAAUUCGUUUCCUAACACUCACACCCCAACAAUUUGCGGAAGGCCCUGCACGUUCUAACCUACUUAAACAGAAUGAAGCUCUUGCCAUUCUCAUUAAAAUUUCAAGCCCGACAAUUAACGAUUGUCCAAUGCCUCAAGGCUUUUGCAGCUCAAGGACUAGUCGAGAAUAUUAUGAAUCUCGUAGCCAACGAGAUUUAUCUUCUUACCGCCAUUCAGCUCCUUCGAACGCUCCUGCUCCAACAAGUUUUGCAUCAUUUGAGUCUUUUAUGGGAAAUACGGCAUCUAAUGUAUCAACAGCUGCUCAGUCGGCAUCUUCGAACAAUUUAAGUACUUUCCAAGGUGGUAGUGAUACUGAUUUAGCUACGAACGAUACUCGCCGAUCUUACUGCGUUCGAACACUUAAUCAACAGUUUGAUUAUAGAAACACCAGUGUUACUGAUUGUGGACUAACAUUUCAAGUAGAUAGUAACAUAUGGAUCACAGGUGUUCAGGUUCCCACCCAGGUCCUUUGUGGAGAGCUUAUGAAUUCGGCUGGCUUUUCCGAACGAUAUACGGAAAUUCUCUACGCACAUAUUCAAGAUAUUCAAGGUUCAAGGCUUACCUAUACACACUGCACAUCCCGGGUACGAUAUGAUUCCUUGCUAGAAAUAACGUUCGAUCGCCCAGUGUACGUUUAUCGUAAUUUAAUAUAUAAGGUGUAUGUUGUUUUCAACAAAGUUGGAUGGUAUCCCAUGUAUACUUGUGUUCCGGAUGUUGUCUGUAACAGGGUCAAAUUCAUGUUCAAUGUAGGCAAUCCUGGUGAGUCGGUGAGAGAUGGGUUAAUUCGCGCAAUUGUUUUUUCAACACCGCAGGAGCAGUCUAGAAGUGUAAUAGAAUAAGCGAAAAAAUAUUAUAAUCCCGUCAUAUUCAUAACAAAUAUUUAUGAAAUAUUUGAAAAAUAGUUGUGCUACUUAUGUAAUCCUCAAAUAUACAUAUAUACUUAUACAUAUAA